AUGUUCCUCAAACUUGGAGUGUACAUGAGAAUUACUCUUCGCUGCCCAGGAUUAUUGAGAGUAAAUGGCCGCUUACAUAACGCUAAUUUGAACUCAGAAGAAAAACAUCCGUUGAUAAUACCGUUUGAUAGUUACUUCACUUUGCUUCUUAUUAGAAAUUCCCAUGCUAAAUCUUUGCACGGUGGUUUGAAGCUAACCAUCAGUAGUUUGAGGCAGGAAUAUUGGAUUAUUCGCUGCAGACAGCUAGUAAAAAAGGUGAUAAGAGAAUGUACAACCUGCAUCCAAUAUCGUGGUACUGUUAGUUACCAGAAGCUUGGUGCAUUGCCUUCCUUCCGAACAAAACCUUCCAGGCCGUUUUCAAAGUCUGGUGUUGAUUAUGCCGGCCCAUAUCUCAUAAGGUCCUCCAAGGGUAGGGGUAAGACUGCGUCAAACGAUUAUAUUGCUGUGUUCAUUUGUGUGUGCACGAAGGCCGUACACCUCGAAUUGGUGUCCGGUUAUAGUAGUACCGAUUUCAUUGCUGCUUUUUGUCGGUUUACUUCAAGGCGAGGUCAUUGCACAGAUCUCUAUAGUGAUCAAGGAACUACGUUCAUUGGCGAUGACAAAGAGCUCAAGGAGCUGUAUGAAAAAUCAUCGUUCUCCAUCGAAGACAUCACCAAGAAACUCAGUGAUGAAUCCACGCAAUGGCAUUUUAACACACCUGCUGCCCCCCAUUUUGGUGGCAUUUGGGAGGCUGCGGUUAAGUCUACCAAACACCACUUACGUGUUUGGUGUGAUCCGAUAAACUAG